ACCUAGAAAGAUGAAAUGAUUUCGUGACAAGGCAUUGCAAAGGCAAAGUUUUCACCAAUCGAUGGAAUGCAAGAGCUAGUUUGAGAUGUUUUCCAAGAAGCAACAAGGAGACAUCAGGAAAUCGUCUCAAAAGGUCCUAGAUCCAAAGAAGGACACAGUUACGCGGUUGAAACACCUCCGAAUUUUGUUAGAUAACUAUGACGUACAUGAGGCCAAGAAGUUCUUUGAACUCAACUAUUCCUCAAUUUAUUACGUCUUCUAUGAUGUGUUUAUUGUAGUGGAGUCUGAUAUCCGGCAACGAGCCAGCAAAGCUCACAAGGAGAUGGAUGCAGUCCUCUUCAUAUUUGAGAAAAUCUUGAUCCUGCUCCCUGAGCUCAUCCAUAAACGAUGGCAGUUUCACAGCGUUGGUCGUCUGCUAAAGAAGCUGUUACAUACAGGAAACACACUAAAGUUGCGUGUCGAAGGCAUGAAGCUGUUCCUGAUAUGGUACCAGAUUCUCCAGGAGAACGCCACCAAGGAAUGCCAUAUGACGUUUGCAAGUCUUGUGCCAAGGAUUGGCCUUGAGGAUGGUGUGGAUGUGGACUUGUUCACAGUCAAGUCUAACACAACAUCAGACAGUAGUCCGAUUGUUCCAGUGGAGAUCACUGCUAUGCAACCUAUUCAAGCUGGGGAGAAGCUGCCUGAUAACAUCACAAGAUUUCUACUCGAAUCUCUAAUGAAUCACAUGGUGUCAGAGGUCACAAAGAUUGAAUGGGAAAACAAAAAGAUGCAAGAAUUUAGUUUCAACUUUCUGUUCAACUAUUUCAAAAAGUUUUAUCUCAACAAACUAUUCCCAGACUUCAGUUACAAGAGGAGUAUAUAUGAACCAAAUCUAGAUCUUCCAGAGGGACAACUUCAUAUCAACUCGGACACAGGUUCAAUCGAGGAUGACAUGGGGCUGUAUCAGGAGGUGCUGGUCAAGUGGAUGACCACAUUUACGCAUAGCUUCAAGAAACAAGAAACUGUCACCAGCCUAACAGAUGAGUCCUCGAAAGAGCCAACUGACGGUACAGACAGUCAGAACCAAGAGCAUCACAUGCCCGGUAGCAAGGAGAGUACCCUAUCAGCCACCAGCACCUACACCGAGAAGGACUCCAACUCGAGCAUAUGUCUGGAUGACCAUUCCAUGUCUGAGUAUGAAAUCGUUAAGCACAACCUGUUCUCGACCAGGGAGAAUAUCAACAUUGUUCAUGAGAUGUAUCGGCAGGCAUUUCACUUUCCAUUCCAACAUUCUGGUGCCAUACGCAGAGUAAUCCAGGUGUAUCGUGACUGGCUUCAGUCUGAACUGAAGCCGAUCUUUAUGCAAGAACCUGUUGACUCAUCCCUGUCUCCCUCUGAUAGUCCGAGCAAUGGAAGGAGGGAACCAGACGAGGAAUAUCUAGGCCAUGCUGACACCACAAGAUGGUAUACACAUUUGGACAUGCCGUUCAAUCAUGAAGCAGUUAUGAGUUCUCCAUUACAUGGUCUGCCCCCUGGUGGGAGAAUUAGAACUAAUUCAUACCUAGGCGCAAUGUGUCCGGACAGUCUACCUCGCAGAGUUGUCGAUGAGACGUCAAUCGAGGCGGGGGCUCAGAAAGUCUUCCAAGUCUUUAUCACUAACUCUGCUGUGAUUUUCCUGCGGACCGCACCAUCAAAAACAGCAUUGACCAACCAGGUGGACAUGUGUAAACGCGUCCUAAACAUCUACAGAUAUAUGGUGAUGAACCUGUUCCUGGAGAGACAGACAUGGGAGCAAUUGUUGUUGGUGUUGUUACGGAUCACCUCCGGAGUCCUGAAAGACUGCCCUCCUGCUGAUCGUGAAGCGUCUCUUGGGGGGCGCCUAGCGCAGCCUCUUUUUCAGACGCUGAUUGUGACGUGGAUCAAAGCCAACCUGAACGUGUACAUUUCCAUGGACCUGUGGGAUCAAUUUCUGGCUGUGCUGUCCUCUCUCACCCAGUGGGAGGAGCUGAUUAAGGAAUGGGCUAAAACCAUGGAGACGUUAACUCGUGUGCUGGCGCGGCAGGUCUAUUCUCUUGACCUGAGUGACCUGCCCCUUGAUCGGCUGAGUGAACAGAAAGAGAAGCGUCGUCGCGGUGUCCGUCCUCAUGAAGGCCCCGCUCAGAAAGUACGAGCAAGGACAUUUUCUCGCGGCUGGAGUCGCUCUGACAGUUCAUCGGGUAUGACCGUGACAUUGAACGCUAGCAACCAAACGGUCAGGAUGAACCACCAGCCGGCUGUCAUCCAUGAGGUAUCUAGUCUCAGUAGUGACCAAGGGCAAGAGGCUACAAGCCAUUUGUACGACGUUCUCUCAGCCAAAGCGCCCCCUGUCAUGCGGCCCCACUCCCACCUUUCGUCCUUACUCCAUGACCAUCAGCCUGUCAUCAUACAGGACUUCUCAACACCGCAACACCAGGAGGCAGCUAGUGAAGGUAUUCUCUCUAGUCAUCUCGAUGAAGGAGCUUUAGACACGUUGUCUGUGAGAUCAGAUGGAGAGAGAGCGAGGUCCCGUAGUGGCGGUGAGGAUGCCAAGCUUAAAACUGUUGGAUCAGACUCGAGCACGCUCGCCUUGAUACAACGCAGCAGUAGUGAUAGUAAUCUCGUUGAUUUGAGUGAUCGGUAUAAAAAUAAAGGUGCUAAUUUCUGUAGUCAUGAACCCCCAAGCUCUAGAUCCGCUGAGCCGGUCGAACCGACUCAUGAGCAGGGUGAAUCUGCAUCUAGUCUUACUGAGGUUUCACCGGAUGCCCUGUCACCAGAAGAUAAUGAAAUCGCUAGUCUUAACAGCAGUCUCACUGCCACAGAUUCAACAAGUUAUGCAAGUGUGGACAGCAACUUACCUGUACCCUACGCCAUCAUGGACCAAAGUGCUGACAGCCGGGAUUGCCAAGACUCGGCCGUCGACACAUUGUUAGAAUGUAUGGAGAAUGAGGUGAUGUUACCGGAAUCGCAAAACUCUUCACCGCGGUUAGGCUCGAGAAAUUCCUCGCCUAUGUUGGGUGAGAAUGAUGAUCUAGUGCAUGAGGAACUUUGCCGUGGCGGGAAAGGUUCGCCGACACCUGACCGGGAGAGUAUCCAUAUCGAUGUGGUGGUCACUCAAGAGGAGGAUAUACCACCUCAAGAAAACCAAGAGGAUUGCCGCAGUGUUCUAGCUGGUGGUACGAUCCGUGGGUGGACCCCUGAUGUUACCGUAGUGUUAUGGCGUCGGAUGCUCGGUUCACUAGGAGAUAUUAACGAUAUCAAGGAUCCAGCUAUUCACGCCAGUGUUUAUGAAUAUCUGUGUGAACUCAUGGAAGUCUUGAUCAAGAUUCGAGACAACCUGAGUGUGACAUCGGACAACCAGUCAUCUCCUGCCCCUCCAGAAAUCAUACCUCCCCUCAUGAUAUUUUCAUCAUGGCUAUUCAAGGCUCUGACCCUGUCGGACAAAUUCAAGAAGGGCAAGUUACUGGCCUACCGUCUGUUGUGUGUGAUGACCAUCAGACAACAUGACAUCGAAUUACCUAACGAUCACUUGGCCCAGUUUUAUCGGGUUCUACAUCAUGGACUUGUCAGUCUUGAUCAGGAUGUUGUGAAUGUUCUCGUGAAGUACUGCGGCCCCAGGUUCCUGGCGAUGCCCAUGCAGGGCUCGACAAUGCUGAUCCUGGAUUUCAUCCAUGCCGCUAAUACGAUAGCUGCAGUCAGUGAUCUCAAAGAAUUCCCAAGGACAGAGGCCGUAUCAAUCCUUGGUGCACUACUAUGUUUCCCAAAUCACCUCGGAGAGUUGACUGUCCUCGAGCCAAAUCAAGGCGAAUUAUCAUUAAUGCUGUGCAAUGAUGCUAAGGACCAUUUGAUAGGUGUGCUAUUGAAACUAGGAAAGAAGGAGCCAGCUGGUCUGGCCAGAUGUAUUGCUGUCAGUUCACUCGGCAUGUAUUUAUAUGAAGAGCUGAAGCAUGGUACGAUGCAUUCCAGAAUAAAAGAGGCGAUUCACAUGUUGCUGUUGACACUGAGGGCCCCCAAAUAUAAUUCAUUACCUAGUGUAAACCAGAAAAUCAUUGACAGGGCCGUAGCGCAGGUCGCAUGUGAUAUGUUGGUUCUUCUCUGUGAUCAUGUCAAAACGCUUCUGCAACUUCAUCAAGAUAUGCCGAAGAAAAUUAUCGAGGCUAUCGCAACAAGCAUAUCAAGUUUUCUGCCGUCAUUAGAGACAUCAGGUCGAAAUUUAGACAAAGAGUUUGUGGUGUCCCUCAUCUUCUGUUUGCUGGACUGGUGUAUGAACGUUCCCCUGGGCUUACUAAUGGACGCCCAGGAAGGACAGAAACCCCUCAUAUAUACUGUAUUCAAGGUGCUAAACCAAGCUGUCCUUGGUGUUUCCAAUACAAUGUCGAAGAGCAGCCUCAACCUGAUGGAUAUGGUUGAUUACGACCUGGAGACGAUCCGAGACGCACAAAGUGGACCAACAACACCAAGGACUCCCAGCGAUCAUUCUGCAGCGAACAACAUUGGCCGGAGCUCCCCUGUUGGCAAACCGGAAAGUGAUAUUGUUAAGCUAGCUGCAAGAACUAUGAUAGGCCAUCUAGUCAACCAUCUUGGCCUCUUCCCCAAGGGCGGUGGAGCGGCCAGGCUCAACAGCUCGAUACAGGAGUUCCACGAUUCACCAGAAUUCCUGCUUGAUGAACUCAAACCAGAAAUAUUUGAACUGCCAAAUGUACAGUUUUUUGUGCUGAAUAACAACGCGUUGGUUUCAUUUAUAGAAAUACCAGCAUUGUUGGACGUCCCUGGAGGAGGUGUGACAGCUGGGCUGACCACAGGCAAGACGGUGACCAGGGUGAUCAUCAGGGACGUCAGUGGCAAGUACUGUUGGGACAGCGCCAUCUUGUAUGGACCCCCUAACUGUAGGGCAGGAUCAUACUUUCCAGACUGCAACCUGCUGUUAAAUGUGCUUGAAGAGGUCGACAACGACCUGAAGCCUGAGAAGGUUGAGAAUCUUCAGAUCCCACAACGAGUAUCAUCCGUCCAGAGGAAGCCCAAUGAGCUGCCUCAGUAUGAAACAACCAGGGAGGAUCAGGACAAUCUCAAUGAUCUUCUACAGUACAUUGGAUGUACGAGCAAAGAGUGCCACUUAAAUCCAGGGGAGCCGCUGAAUAUACCAGAAUCGCCCCCAGAAGAGAUCAGUCCGUGGCUGGAGAAUCAUGCUGUCAUCACUGUCCAGGAGCAGAGGAACACUGAAGUGCAAUAUAACAUCGAUCACAAGAAUGCCAACAGUAUGAUCGGCCAGUCUGAGGAGCCGAUGCCCAACCAUGAUCCCGUCUCACCGUUUCAGCUCUGCCGGAUGAUGCUGUGCCAGCUUGGCUUCAUGGCGUGGGAGAAGCGUGCCACGUUUGAUCUACUUAAGAAGAACGACAAACUGCUCAGAGAGUUGAAGAACCUUGACAACCAGUGGUGUCGUGAAACGCACAAAAUUGCUGUCCUGUUUGUAGCAGCAGGCCAGGAAGACAAACAGUCCAUCCUUAAUAACGCUGGUGGGAGCAAGGAGUUUGAGGAGUUUGUGGCCGGGCUAGGGUGGGAGGUGGACUUGGAGAACCAUUGCGGUUUCAGGGGUGGUCUCAAUCGCAAUAAAACCAAUGGUGACACAGCUCCGUACUUUGCGACAUCAUGGUUAGAGGUUAUCUUUCAUGUGUCGACGAGGAUGCCAUCGGAGACAAAUGAGGAUAAACAUAAAAAGAUGAAACAUCUUGGAAACGACGAGGUGCAGAUCAUCUGGUCCGAACAUGACCGGGACUAUCGACGAGGGAUGCUGCCCACAGAGUUUGGAGAUGUUCUCAUCAUCAUCUAUCCUCUAAUCAAUGGUCUGUUCAGGAUACAGAUCAACAGAAAACCUGAGGUGCCGUAUUUCGGUCCUCUGUUCGAUGGUGCUAUCGUGGGUCACUUGGUGUUACCAGGCUUGGUGAGGGCCACUGCCAUCAACGCCAGUCGCAUGAAGAGAUCACAACUGCCAUACUACCAGUCAUUCUAUGAAGAACGUGCCAAAUACCUUGAUACAAUAGUCAACCAACAUAAAGAGGCGACGAUGUAUGAAGACUUUGCAGAGAAGGUGUUCGCACCUGUCCUCUAUCCAGUCAUGACCCCCCAUGCCCAUAAAGAGAACAUAUUGCCGGGGACCCCAUUCAGUGAAGUGCCUUCCUUUAUCGCUAAUUACGGCAAUAAUGGUGGUGAACACAAGCUGGACAAACACUCACCACAUGCCUCCAGCAGGCAUGGAAAAGGGACCACUGCUGAUGAGGGUGUGUUUCUCUUCCCGCCAACAACGACAGAGAAGUCGUUGGUGCGACGCUUGUCGUUUCGGAGCGGUAGAAAAUCAGCCCAGAAACCUAACUCUCCGUCAUCGUCUGCCUCGCCACCUGAAAGCAGAAGAUGAUAUUCGUAGAUUGGGAGAAGUGGUUUAGUCUAAUGCCUGUCUGCAUGACCAAGCAUUUGUCUAAAACUAACACCAGGACAGAUUCAGCGUAAAGCUCAAACUUUAUUUAAUUUGUGGUGUUACAAAGCCACAUGAAAAGUUGAUGAGUGGGGAUCAAUUGAUUCGCCGUGCAAACCAGUGAUCUCAAAUGCUGCUACAUGUACCAUUGUUUUGAGACGAAUGCUUGAUCGUGAAGACUGGUCUCAAUAAAAUGUGCAAUAAACGUAAUGAUUGAGAUGAAAAUUAUUUUGAAGGGAUUGUGCAAGAAUGGUUGAAUCGGAAUCCAUUUUUGACUGUGCGUUAUUUGUUGGGAUAGUCUGCUUGCGUUUUAGAUUUCUUCGACAAAAUGUGCAAUUUACGAAUUGCCUGAAACCUGGUGACUGUCUUGUGGGUAAAAUUUAAGUUUCUUUGUUAAGGUCAUUGGCCUGUUAGUUUUGGCUUGCCUGAGAACCGUUAUCUCAAAUAACAAUGUAAAGUAUCUACAUAUAUGUAUCAAAUUCACUUAAUUUUCUGUGUAGUUGAGCAACACAUAUCUUUAAUUAUGAAAUCUGAAUCGGGACCAGAUAGUUUUAUUUUUCUAGAUUUGUUUAUUUAAAGUAUUGUGAAUGUUAAAUGUUGCACUACAAUUCAAAUAUUCAUUUCAUUAAAAUGUAUUUAUGUGCUUGCAGUUACAUGUUUGUUUUCAGCAUGAGUUACACAAUAAGCCUCGUGGAGAAAAAGUUAAAAUAAAAGUAUAUCCCUGUUGACAAAAUGUCCCCUUGUCUUGCACCAUUUUCUUCCAAACUGCCCUUCUGAUUUAAUGGUCAACAAACUAACCCCCCCAAGUCUACCUGGAACCAGUUCCAAGUGAAUAUUGUUUUUCUUUGCCUCAAAGGGAUCUUGCUUUUUAUAUGGAGAGGUUAAGCAGUUGUCAGUAGGAUUUAGUCAAAGUUGGUCAGAGCAGUUAGAUACUAACACUGUUCAGCUGAUCGACUGUUUUAAGCUCUUCUAUCAGAAGAUGCCAGUCUUUGAAUCAUAAAGCCUAGACGUCAUCCAACGUCACUCAAUCAAGACUAAUGAUAAAUUGCCCAUUCUUCAAUCAACCAAACACAAUUCACACAGUCUGUCCCCAGAGGUUCGCAUCCGGAACGAAAAAUACUUUCUUUGUCUUGUCUGUUGCGAUCUUGCGUUUGAUGUAUCUUUGUCAGUUUUGAUUCAAACAUCUCUCAAAUCUCUGAACCCUGAUUUUGUAUUAAGAAGAAAUAACUGUGGGAGUCCCUCUGGUAUCUUCAAGGAGUUAUCCCUUGGAUGACCACAAUCAUCUUGAUCAACAAAGGGGGUAUUUCAACCAUCAAACGUCCUCGCACAGUUGAGCGACUUUGAACUCGAAGAGAUCAUCAAAUUUCCAAAGUUCUUGAAACAACAAAGAGACAUUUGAAAAGUGUUUUUUCGUGCCCGCAAUUGUUCUAUGAAGAAUGCAAACAAAGACUGCAAUCAUGUGUCGGUGGACAGUAAUGUGAAAAGUGAGCAAGCUACGUUGGAGUGACUGAUAGGACUUGGCCUCUAUGAACCUGACGUCAAACGAGUAAGGCCUGUGGGGGUUUUCAGUGGUCUUUAUACUGGCUUCCUCUGGUUCCAAUAAUUAUCAAGUCUUAGCUUCUUUAAAACGAGCUUAGCGUUUGUGGCGGUUCCCAAUCAAACCACCAGUGUCUCUUAAUCCUAUUUGUGUAAAAAUCUCUUUUGCUCUGGACUUCCUCGACAAGGCUUCUUCACGUUUUUGAUCUUUUAUCGUACCGGUAGUUAAUAAUCCACUCCCUGGCCACUUGAUAUAUAAUCACUUCUAACUUGAGGUCAAGUUUUAGAAGCAUCUAUUGUGUAGCAUCAUAAUCACAUGAUAACUUGACAAAGACUGGUUACUUUGUCUUCUGACAUGGCAAAUUUGUUUACAGUCACUGAAAGGUCAGUGCAGAAAACACUUCAAUGACUUCACUUGGCAGCAGACACAGGUUUGCGGAGCUGAAUUUUUUCACUCCUGCAUUUUGUAAUUUACUUUGAAGAAGGUAGCACAGAUUUUAUUCAAAGAAAUGUGGUACGCUUGCUGGCUUCUGUUUGAUGGUGAACAUUUUUCUGCCACUUUUUGUGUGUCUCAUUUCUUGGAAGACACUUUUGAAAGGCCGAAGACUUAAAUAUCAAUUACCACAUUGCAAAGACGUCUUGACAUCUCGCCCCGAAACGAUUUCAAGAAACAAUAAACCAGGAAGUGAGCUUCUGUCUCAUCCUAAAUUAAUGUGAAUAAGUUAUUGCAAGAUGAAGUCUCCUUGAGUCCCUUUCCCUGAAGUAUAAAAUUUGAUAACAGGUCCAUUUUUAGGCCAGUUAAUUAGCAAACUGUAGGUUUUGGCUAUUCCACAAAAUUAUCAUGAAGGGUCAUUUCUUGUGACCAUUGUCCUUUGUUCAUCUCGUAGUAUCGUUAACAGUGAAGGGCAUUAAAUGCUGGCCCUUCCCAUUCCAAACAUUACAUGGGACUCUCCACGAUAAUGUGUCUGCCCAUGAAAAUUAUACAAUAUUCAUUGUUGUCAAUAAGAACCCUGUCAGUGUGUCUUCAUUUAUGAAUCGGUAACAGUCGGGAACCUAAUAUUUCGUAACUGGACCACCGGAACUUUGUCCAAGUCUAUAUCGCCUCCAGCUUUCACAAUCUGGCCUUUCACAAUGGACAGCUUCCAGAACCAUCACGAGCUCCUCCCUUAUUUCUGGCUCAUUAUCAGAAUGACACGUUUGGCUUUUCCGCUCGUCUCUGUACCAUAUGUUAGCCAUAUUGAAGUCCUUCCUGUCCAUUCUUCACACCGGCCUUUCUAUUGUUCUCCCCUCACCGCAAAGAUUACAAUGGAGUGAUAAAAUGACCAAUGUAGUCUUUGUUCUGCUCUAAUGGUCUAUUCAAUUAGUGUUCCUAAGACGAGGAACCAUCGGUUUCUGCCAAUUCGCACUGUGUUGGGGAAAAAGUUCGGGUAUUUUUCGAAAAGUCAAGAACAACAUUGUGUCAGAGUCACCAGUGUGAGCACCUAUGGGAAGUUCAUGUCAGAGUCACCAGUGUGAGCACCUAUGGGAAGUUCAUGUCAGAGUUACCAGUGUGAGCACCUAUGAGAAGUUCAUGUCAGAGUCACCAGUGUGAGCACCUAUGGGAAGUUCAUGUCAGAGUCACCAGUGUGAGCACCUAUGGGAAGUUCAUGUCCGCGUCACCAGUGUGAACACCUAUGGGAAGUUUAUGUCAGAGUCACCAGUGUGAGCACCUAUGGGAAGUUCAUGUCAGAGUCACCAGUGUGAGCACCUAUGGGAAGUUUAUGUCAGAGUCACCAGUGUGAGCACCUAUGGGAAGUUUAUGUCAGAGUCACCAGUGUGAGCACCUAUGGGAAGUUCAUAGUUGAGCAAUUCUCUUUCUGACUUGCGGUUAUUUUACAGUGACCUGAAAACCUUGCAUAGAUCUCAGUCAUUAUGCUCUUUUACCACUUCGGAAUAGAAAUAUUAGUUAAAAAUAUGUUCCACUUCACUCUGAUGGUAAAGCUUAUAAAAUCAAGAACAUCAAAAUCUUCUGUGACAUAUCUUUUUUUCAAUUUGAUCCGCUACAGUUGAGCUUCAUACGAAUCUGAUCUGGGGAAAGUUUCGGUGAAAAAAGUUCUGUUGUAACCGAUGUUGCUUUGAUUCAAACGGUUAAAAGGUUAUCCAUUUCAUCAGAAAUUUCAAAUGUUGGUGAGAUUUACAAAGUAAUUUCACAGCAUUUAUUCUGGAAAUGAAAAAGUCAAGAUCUCAUUAAUUUAGUUGAUGUCAUUUCUGAGAGAUUGGCAUCAUUAGUUGUGAUCUAUCCUGUUGUGUGAGCUCAUCUUCAGCAACUGUGGGGGCGCUCAACAAAUUGGAGAAAAAAAUAAAAGAUGCCAGUUUGGAAUUGGCACAUGAAUUAGCCGUAUGUGAUGAGAAGAGGUUAUCUGAUCAUCUCUUUCACCUUUGAUUUAAUCAAUUCGGCUGUGUCAUACCUCAAUAUUGAGAAUAUCAAAUGACACCAUUUGAAAUCAGAAAAUUGGUCACCUUUCAACCCGUGAUUUGUAAUUUCUCUACCGUAUGUUUGGUGAAGCCGCUGGGGUGGCGGGUCACGGUGAUUCACAAGCGUGGCACUUAUUGGCCGUGUGAGAUGCAAUUAUGCGACUAAUUGCCUUAAGUGUAAUUGAACUGUCACUGUGUCUCGCCUCCCCUGCUCCGUAGCUUGUUAACAGUGUCUCUGCAUGUAAGACGAAACUCCUCAGCCGCAAUCUCUCGAGCAUCAUGGGUAAUUGUCGGCGUUUUUAAUCAAGCGCCAUCCUUGGAUGACACUGCUUGUUGCUGGCAACAAUGGUGGCCGUAAUUACUUCUCCACGAGUGAUGGUAAUUCUUAUAAUCAUUCUUAGCGAUAGGGUUGCAGGGGCGCGGGAUCAAGCCAAAUUGGUGCGAGACAAUAAUUCUAUUUGACAUGGCGUGUGGUGUCGCUGUCUUGUUAUGAAAUGUGGCAAUUUGGAAGGUGAUCUGUUGAUCUCUAAAUGGCACAUCACCAUCUGAGUUUCCUUUUUCGGGGCAGUUGUCAACAAUAAUUGAAGGAAACCGAGUAUUGUUUUUUCCAAAGAUCACAUGCAUUUUCUUGGUCCAAACCAGGAAUUUCAUUGCUUCUUGUACUUCAGUAGCCAUGACUAAACCCGAAUCAAAGAUUAACGUGUAGAUCAUCCUUCUUUCGCUUAAGUCAUGUAUGUCUUUUCUCAGGAAAGUUUUUGGCAAACAUAAUGAAGCCUAGUAGAUUGUUAGAAAUGUUAAGUCUUCUUGGUUCAUGACAGUCACCUGGGUAUAAUGAAUCAAUCCAAAAAAUAUAUUCAAUAAAAGGCUUUGGGGUAGGAAGAGUUACUGGCUGGCACCAAGUGUAGAUUGAGAUGCAACUGAAAAUGUCAGCAAACAUUCUAUCAACAGUCAGUUUUGGAUGUAAGCUGAUGUCUUAAGCAGAGAAACUCAUGAAAUAACUUGGUGUCCAGUCGUGACUUCUUCUACCCCUCGUGAAAGCUGGGGCAUUUUCCACAACCAUCCAGUCAUGCAUGGUAAGAUUAUCUAAUAUUUAUGUAUAGAGAACUUGUAAAUUCUACAGAGUAAAUAGAUUAUAUGAAAUCGUUGACUCUGACAAACUUGGACAGGUCUGGUUUUAUGCUCGCUGUCAGGAUCAAACUUGAGCAGAUGGAAAUAUUUUGUGUGGUGAAAAGGGAGUCAAAACGGCUGAGUAGCCCUUGUGCUACCUUCGCCUCUACUAGAGUGUUAGGUUAGUGCAAAUAAGGUGCAGAUGCUGCAUGAAUUACUGUCAAUUUCUGCGCGAUUGGCAGGUAUUCAGACAAUAAUUUUUCUUAAGAGUGUAAGAAAACUCGAGCUAUCCAGGUAUGUCAGCUCAAUGGUUCAAUACUGUACAUAAUUAUAAGCUUAUGUGAUGCAGUUUGGUUGGGACUGCAAAGAAAGCUUCCAACUUGGACUGAACUGCAUGUUUAGACGAUGCUCUUUCAUAAAGCAUAUCAUUCAGGGAUAUUUCAGUUAGUUUAUUGAUAGGCCUAUGCCUGAUGUUGUUUCGGUUUUUGAAGGGACCAGCGAUGAAAAAAUGAUAAACUGCAUUUGAGAAACAGUUGAUUUCUUGUCCUGCAUCCUCAUGUCAUAUGGUUUCUUUAAGAAAACGCUUUUUGCCUGGGCCAACACUUAUGGUAUGCAUCCAUGAAGAUGAAGACGUGUAAAAUCUGUCUGGAGGAAAUCCUACAUGUAUGUGUUGUGUUCUGUCAAAUACAUCAUUUAUAAACAGACUACUUUCAUGCACAGCCAUAAUGUAAACCCCACAGAAUCAGGUGCACAUCGUGUAAAUGUGUUUUAAGUCCUCCCAACAUCAGUUGAUCCGUUUGAAGUUGCCUACAUCAGCAGUGUUAUGUUUCCUCUCAUGUUAUUCCAUGGAUUAAGAUAAGUAAUUUGGGCCAAAGUUUUUAAGAUGAAUUAUAAAAAGUAAGUGUGUUAUAACUGUGCUUGUUGAGAACAUUAUUGGUGUCACAGCAGAAAUAUGGGGAUAUCAUCCUGAGCUGGCAUGACAUUUACAUCGUCACUUUUUAAUACUAUGUUGAACAUUUUGCAUUACACAUUUGCAUUUUAGCCCAAGGCUGGAAAUCCUGUGCAGAUUUGUGUCACAUUAAUGUGCUGUUCCUGUCUCCCUGAGUGAAAGCAUCAUCUUGAUCUAAAUGUUCUUGCUUGGGUUCGGGUGGGAAAUAUUCUGCUGUGGUCGAACUAUGCAAAGAAAAUUGUUCUUUAUCAUUUUGGUACUAUUUCUGAUCCGAUUUUCCGGGCAUGAAUGGCCGUAUAUUGUGUAAAUGAUUUAUGAGCAGAUUUAGAGAUCUAAAUGAACAUAUUAAGAUACUUAAAGGAAAAGAUUUAGAUAUUUAAAUGAACUGAUGAAGAAAUGUCGGCCUUACACAUGGUUUAAAAUAAACAGGUAUUUAUGAAUUCGCAUAAAAUCUGCUGACUACACUGAGCCCCUCCCCUACUAGGACAGAGAAUGAAUUAAUCAGCAGUUUCUAGAUGUGCUUAAAGGGAAGCAGCAGCAGUUAUUGACUGGCCAGCAUCAAUGUAUAAUUGCAGAGUUCCUGUAGGACCAUAGAGGGCAUUUCUUAUAUUCACGGGAAAAUGAUACUAACUGUAUGUGUACAGUUGUGGAAAUAGGAACCACUUCUCAGAAGCUUGGUUAGAGGUAACUGAAAUAAGUGCUGACCCAGCGAAAGUGCUGCUACUCCUUUAAGACUAGGUUGUCCAGUUACAUUGACAUAUCCUGUACCGGUAAAGUGUACUCUAUGAGAAAUGUUAAUAAACAUUUAAUUUAAA